AUGCCAAAGUUUGUGUUUGACAUUUUUGACGGGUACCCUGGAUUCCCUGGGCUGUUUUUGGCUUGUGCGUACAGUGGAACUCUAAGUACUGCCUCCACAAGUAUCAACGCCAUGGCAGCGGUCACGAUGGAGGACGUACUGAGGCCUCAUUUGCCUCACAUUUCACAGUCAAAUCUGGUUAUACUUUCAAAGGCCCUCUCCUUCAUGUUUGGAGUUGGCUGCAUUUCUAUUGCUUCUCUUUCCUCUUUCCUGGACUGGGGAGUGCUGCAGGGAUCCUUCACUGUGAUGGGAGUGGUCAGCGGCCCUCUGUUGGGAGUUUUCCUCUUAGGCAUGUUUGUUCCUGGGGCAAAUAAAUUGGGAGCUUAUGUGGGAAUCCUCACAGGAUACGGCGUGUCUUUGUGGCUGGCUGUGGGUUCGACUCUCUACCCUCCGAGUGCAGAGACUAUGGGGGUCCUACCCACCUCCGCAGACCUCUGUUCUCCUACAAACACCUCUCACGGCUCCUUCUCCACCAAGCUGCAGUCCACAGAGCACAGAGGACUUCAUAACUUCUACUCCGUGUCCUACCUGUACUUCGGAGCCAUGGCCACGAGUUCUGUGGUCUUGAUCGGGCUGAUUGUUGAAAAGUCAACACGAGCGGAACAUUCCAACAAGAGGCUUCAGGAAAACGCCACAGACGAGGCUCGAGAAUGUACAAUGGUCAUGUUAGGACCCACGGGUUAG